AUGGUUAAUAAACCCAUACCAAAUUGGUUUUAUGAAUGGUGGGCUAAAUUUGGUCCAUCUUUGGAGAUUCUUCCUAAAGAAAUUCUUAACUUAUACAAUCCAUGGUGUGAUAAUAGUUCACUUAUUGUAAAAUAUUUAUCUGAUAAUUUGAUCACUAGACAAUGUCCAUUCUUGUUCUUUACUAAAUUUCAGAUUCCGUGGAUAUGGAGAUGGUCAAUCACCAUAUCAAAGAACAAAUUCAACAUUCCCAUUUUAGAAAGAAAUUUCUUCUAUAAAUGGUGGAAUAAGAUGAGUUCAGAGGAUGUCCAGAAUAAAAUAAAAUUAAUUCAAGAAGCUAUAGCUGAAGAACAGAAUAAUAAGGUCAAGGAGCAAAGCUCCCAACAAAUGUCUAUGGAAAACUUGAAGAACUUCUACCAGAGGAAAUAUCUCAAUGAAUCAGAAGAUGAAAUCAUGGUCAGAAUUUUGGAUCAUUUGAAGAACCAAUUCUUCUCUACUUUUCUAACAAAAGCAUUGAAAGAUGAAGAUUCAUCUAUGAAGACAAGCUCUUCCAUGGGAUCAAUGGAUUCCCAUAACUUUGAUGGUUUGACAGGAGAAGGUCAAGCUGAUGAAGCUACUGUAGAAGAUUUCUGGGAUGCUAUGAUUCAAUGUAUGAAAGCAAAAGGAAAAACAAAGAAUUAA